GGCCCCUCCCGUUCCGGUCCUCUCAGCUCUGAGUUCCCCGGUUCCACGUGUGUUCUUAAAGGAGCGAGCUGAGAGUUGGUGGCUGCUGGAGGGCGGUGAGGCUGCCGUGUCUGGAAGGGGGAGAACGUCGGUGGCCCCUGGGACGUCGCCAUGCCUAAAGGACUAAAAGGAAAGAUUACAGGACGGGAGAAAAAAGUCAUCCAUCCAUACAGUAGAAAAGCAGCUCAGAUUACAAGAGAGACUCACAAACAGGAAAAAAAGGAAAAGUUGAAGAAUGACAGAGCCUUGCGCCUCAACCUUAUUGGUGAAAAACUUCAGUGGUUUCACAAUCAUCUGGAUACAAAAAAAAUGAGAUAUUCAAGGAAAGAUGCUUGUGAAUUAGUUGAAAGGUAUUUGAAUCGAUUUAGUGGUGAGCUGGAGCAGAUUGAGUUACAUAACAGCGUCAAGGACAGACAGGGAAGGCGGCAUCAUUCUCGAGAGUCAGCGAUCAAGCAGACGAUGGCGCGGGAGCGGCAGCAGUAUGAAGGCUAUGGCUUUGAGAUUCCAGACAUUGUAGAUACACGUAAUCUACAGACUUUUCGGGAAUGGGAUUUUGAUCUGAAGAAAUUGCCAAACAUUAAAAUGAGAAAAGUUUGUGCUAGUGAUGCAGUUCCUAAGAUGUGCAAAAAGAAAACUACUAGCUUAAGUAUAGAGGAAGAUUUAUGGGCAUUGGAACUAAGGGGGGAGACAAGUGACUCUAAAGAAGAGAAAUCAGAACUAACAAGGGACUCGAGCGACUCAGAUGAGGAGAUGACUCCAUUGCCUCCCUGCCCUUGCUUGCCUUGACAAUAAAUCAUUUGAGACCUUUGA